AUGGGUGCCAUGAGGAUCCCCAACAUCGGCUCGAUGAAAUCGACACUCAAUCUAAUCAAGAGCCCGUCCCUGCUCAACAUUCCUAACAGUCUGGUUGAGUAUGUGUACACGGUUUACGCGGUGGACAGCCAGGGUAAUCCGACUUACUAUGAGACAUUCUGCUACUAUGCGUCGAAGUUCGAAAAUGCUAUCAAAAAUGUGCUCAAGGAGUUCCAGUCCGAGGUACAAAUCUACGUCGACAAGGGAUAG